CUUAGUCCGAAUGAUUUGACGAGAUCAAAGUGGCCGGGCACGAUUUCGAAAUGAUCUAAAUUUGAGCAGCGGUUUAAAUGAAUUCAUAAAUUCCCAUCUCUUCACUGAUCACGCGAGUUUAUCGCUGUGAUGAAAAAUUUCUAAAAUAUUUUCGAGUAUCGACGUUUCCUGUAAUUAUUUGUGUCUUCGUGGGGUUUUGUUGAUUGCGAUUGCACGUUACGGGGAAUUAAUUUAAUGAAUAGUGACAUUCGUUCCUUCAUGAUUUGCCACGUUUAUUGAUGAUCAUUCAAGGAGGCGGACUUCUCGUUGACAUGAUGAAACGGGCGUCCCAGACUAAGCAAUAUGCCGAACUGGACCACGCGAUGAGGACGAAAGUCGAGCCUUUUUUGUACAACAAAGGAAGAGGCAAAUGGAUACCGAUCGACAAGCUCGUGCUUCUCAGGAACAAGGAGCGUCCUCGUCACAAAAUGUUGCCGGUACUUCGAGCAAUGGAAAAACCGGACGAUUACGACAUCACGAAGGAGAUCGGGGACCAGGACGUGGACGAAACGAAAAUCGACAAAAGCAAAUACCGCCAAGUUUGUUGGCUCCUGAACGAGCGUGGGGCCGUCGGAGAAACGAUUUUACAUCUGUGUAUGCUCAACGCCACCGCCUUGCACGCAGAUUUGGCCAAACGUCUAUUACGCUUUUAUCCCAAGCUCAUUAACGACAUUUACAUAAGCGAUGAAUACUACGGCGAAAACGUGUUGCACAUCGCGAUAGUAAACGAGGAUCCAGCGAUGGUGAAAUACCUGCUGGACAGUGGUGCGGACGUGCACGAGCGUUGUUUCGGUAACUUCAUGUGUCCGGAGGACCAAAAAGCUUCGAGAACGGACAGCCUGGAGCACGAGUGGGUGUGCGUUGCACCGGAAACUAAUUACAAUGGUUACGUCUACUGGGGCGAAUAUCCUUUGAACUUUGCUGCCUGCCUGGGACAGGAGGAAUGUUAUCGUUUGAUGUUGGCACGAGGUGCGGACCCCGACAAGCAAGAUACCAACGGCAACACAGUUUUGCACAUGCUCGUGAUUUAUGAAAAGCUCAGCACUUUUGACAUGGCCUACGAAGUCGGAGCAUCUCUGGCCAUUAGAAACGUUCAACACUUGACCGCGUUGACACUGUCAGCGAAAUUGGCGAGAAUCGAAAUGUUCUUUCACAUUUUGAAUAUAGAGAGAGAAAUUUACUGGCAAAUUGGUAGUAUCACUUGCGCUGCCUAUCCGCUCUCACAAGUCGACACAAUUGACGUUAACACCGGCCAAAUAAGCAAUAAUUCUGCCUUAAAUUUAGUCGUCUUUGGGGAAAAAGACGAACACUUGGAGCUCAUGGACGGUGUUCUAGUCGAUCUGUUGAAUGCCAAGUGGAAUACGUUCGUCAAAUCAAGAUUUUACAGGCAGUUUUUUCUCUUCUGUUUCUACUUCGUUCUGUCACUGAUAAGCUUCACACUUCGUCCUGGGCCAGCGGAAUUAUCAGAGUCGACGACAUCGCCACCGACGACGGGGAACGAUUCAUCUCCGACGAAAGCGACGACGCUCCUCUUAAAUUCGAGCUCAAUUUUGGCAAGCGAAAAAUCGCUCGAUCACGCGAUAAAUCAGCUCGCGUCGAAUCUCGCAGCAAAUUUAAUUGUUUCGUUAAACGUGACGUCAUCCUUGUCGUUACUCGCAAAUUUAACGUCUCAAAUAACGUCGAAUCUAACGACGACGCUGCGCGACGUGAUCGUUAACUCGGACGUUGAUUUUCAAGGUCUCGUCUCGUCGGGCGCAUCGUCAAAUGCCUCGGAAAUUAUAAAUGACGUAUCUGGGACAUCGUUUGGCAAAAACUUAAGCUCCUCUUACGUCGAGAAUAAACAGAGCAGUGUUGUAAACGAUGAUGCUUUGAGGAAUCGUCGUUCAACCGUUCCUACCACACUAAUUAGGAAUUAUCAUUUAGAAGAUAAAAAUCACAAUGGAGAGAAGCAAGACUGGUGGGGAGAUUUGACUGAGGAAUGCAGACUCAUGCAUCUCGAGGAUCCAGUGGCAAAAAUACGUUUGACUGCUGAAAUCUGCAUGGAGGUCGGGGCAAUACUCUACAUAGCAGCUGCUCUUCGCGAAGCCCGAUUUCUCGGGCUCAACAUGUUUAUUGAGAAUCUGAUGACCGCGCCUUCGAGAGUAAUGUUUCUCUUCUCGUGCUGCAUUCUCAUGUCAUUCCCAUUUUUGAGGCUCUCCUGUGCCGACAAAGUCGAGGACAUGCUCGCCGUCGUCGUAAUGCUCACGACCGCACCAUAUUUCCUCUUUUUCUGUCGUGGCUUCAAAACCGUGGGUCCGUUCGUCGUCAUGAUCUACCGCAUGAUAAUGGGCGAUCUCUUGAGAUUCGUCUCGAUAUAUUUGGUCUUCGUAAUGGGAUUUUCACAAGCUUACUACAUCAUUUUUCUGUCAUUCGACAACCCAAACACACCUGAGGGAGUCGACGACUCGGUGAGCAAUCCAAUGCCGUCUCCGAUGGAGAGCGUGAUGGCGAUGUUUCUCAUGAGCAUGACGAACUUCGGGGAUUAUUACGGGGCGUUCGAGAGAACGGAGCACGAGAUGGAGGCCAAGUGCCUAUUCGUCGUUUACAUGGCCAUUGUUGCUAUUCUUCUGGUUAACAUGCUGAUCGCCAUGAUGGGAAACACUUACCAGAAGAUUGCGGAAACGAGGAACGAGUGGCAGCGACAGUGGGCACGAAUCGUUCUUGUGGUCGAACGAGGCGUCAGUCCAGCUGAGAGGCUUAAAAAGCUCAUGGAUUAUUCCCAGCCCAUGUCCGACGGCCGAAGGGCACUUGUACUUCGACUGAACCAAACGGAGGAGGACAAGGAAGAGAUGAAAGAAAUUCUCGAAAUGAAGACGACUCACAACAAACUUUACAAAAAAAGGCAAGCGAGACUGUUGGCUGAAGAAGCCUGCAAGGAAGCUGGAGCCGGGGGCAAAGACUUGGAAACCCCGAAUAUCGGAUAGAACGAGAAAUUAGACGACGAAUGGAAUUUUUUUUCAUUUUUGUAAAUAAAAAUAAUCGAGAGCGAUUAGAGAAAAUGGAUGAAGGACAAAUAA